AUGAUCACUAGAGACCCUGCAGGCCACAAGAGCAUCACCAGGUCCUUCAGGAUUAUUUCCGAUGCUUGUCAGGCUAUCCUGGCAUUGGCUGCUCUGACACAGUUAGAAGCCUUCCACCACGAGGUCCCCUUUUUGGUAUCUGUGAGCAAUGAGAGCCCUUCUGGGGAUGAUGCUCGCGAGAGUCUGCCCCUGGGCACGAAGUGGUGGGCAUGCGGGAUGGGAGAUGAUAAUCUUGUUGCCCUGUUUUCAAAGGACACGGUUAGAAACUACUCGGAUCUGUACCACGAUUAUACCACCACACAAGUGGGGAUGCACGACCUGCUCCGCAGCUUUAGACAGACCAUGGACCAGUACAGCAGGGAGCCUGGCAGAUACAGAUUUAUGGGAACUGAAGCAAGUAAUCAGGAAAGCAUCGAAGAAACCAUGAUGUACUAUGGAAAACCCUUUGUCCAAGAAGCAGAUUUUCCUUUCAAUUUUUACCUCACAGAAAUGAGCACUAUUUCUGGAACUACGAUAUUUGAUGUCAUAAAAUCCUGGAUGAAGAACAUGCCAGAAGGAAAGUGGCCCAACUGGAUGAUCGGAGGACCUGACAUUGUUCGGGUAACUUCUCGUUUUGGAAAAGAAUAUGUCAAUGUCAUGAAUAUGCUAAUUUUAACACUUCCUGGGACGCCUAUAACUUACUAUGGUGAAGAAAUAGGAAUGGAAGCCAUUUCAGCAGCAAAUGUAAAUGAAAGCUAUCUCACUCUGUUUUCCAAGUCACCAAUGCAAUGGGACAACAGCUCCAAUGCUGGUUUUAGUGAGGGGAACCAAACCUGGUUACCCACCAAUAAAGAUUAUCAAUCUCUGAAUGUUGAUGUUCAGACGACUCAAGCCACUUCCGCGCUGAAGCUGUAUCAACAAUUAAGUUCCCUGCGUCUCAAUGAGCUGCUUCUUAGCCGGGGCUGGCUGUGCCACAUUUGGCAUGACGCAGACCUUGUGGUGUACACGAGAGAACUAGAUGGCCUAGACAGGGCCUUCACCAUGGUGCUCAAUUUUGGGAAUGAAACAGAGGUGAAUUUACAGAAACUUUCUUUAGGAUUCCCAGAAAAAGCCAGCAUAAAGCUCAGCACCACGUUCACUAACCGAGGCGAGACAGUGGACAUGGCAGCAGUGAAAACUGCAAGAGGGGAAGGCCUCAUCCUGGAACACCGAAUGGCCAAACUCCUGCAUCAUCAAGAAAGCCUCAAAGACAGGUGUCUUGUUUCAAGUAAAGCCUGUUAUUCCAGCUUCUUGGAUAUAUUAUACAAUUCCUGCUGAGCUGUUGUCACAGGUCAUCUUUGUCUCCAACUUAGGCACUCGCUUCACCUUCAGCCUGAUGUCUAGUAAACAUUAUGAACAUUGACCAAUUGUAAUUCUUAAGUAUUUCUAUAUCUUGAAUUCGGCUGCUUUAGCAAAAGUUAUUCUAUACUCUAAAAAUGCAAUAAAUAUUUAAAAGAAAACCA